AUGGCAUCCCCGGACCCAACCCCGGCCCCAGCUCCGGCCCGGGCACCAACCCUCGACCAAAUCAUCUUCUCGUCCCCACAGGCCAACCACAACUUCUCGCGCAUUCUGGGCUCGCUGAAACGCGCCAGUUUGUCUGUUACCAACCGGUUGUGGUCUAUCCAGCAGGACGCGGCGUUUGUGGAGGGGGUGGCUGGUAUUUUGAGGGGCGCUGGGGCGGGACUACCGCUGGUUGCGAACGAGCGAUGCGGGAGCUGGUAUAUCGAUCCAAAACGGAAGGCUGGGUCGGCGUACUUUAAGAGUACGGACGGGCAUACCGGGCAGUGGAAGUUUAGUUUGAGGAGACUGAAUUUGCAUUUAUUGGAGUUGAUUGGGGAGAGGGGUGGAUGCAUCAUCGUCGACUCAACCCGCCGAGGCAAGCGCAUGCCCGACGCGCUAAGCAAAACCCUCCCCAUCUGGUGCGCCGUCCUCAACCGCGCACUCUUCCCCUCGUUAUCAUCCUCUACCACCAUGCACCACAACCUCCACACCCCACCGAACGUAGUCUCCCCCUCGGAAUCCGCCCAAAUCACCGCCCUCCUCCCCUCCUUCCUCGCCUCUUUCCUCUCCCUAUCCCCCGACCUCGACACCCUCCGCGCGCAGCUCCGCGGCAAACCGCUGCGUCCGGUCUUUCUGACUCCCAAUAACGACGGGGAUAUUUCUGGGUGUGAUGAUAGUUUGAACUGUGUAGCUGAGAUGUUAUCCCUUGCUGGUCAUGCCGGCCAGGUUGAUGACCAUGACCAGGAAGCGGGGGGAGGCAGGGGGGGGUUUCAUCCUAUUAUAUGUCUCACUGCCUCGCGGCAACUCAAACCCCACAACACCGAUAAUAGUUGGGAUGACGAUAACGGUACAGAAAUCGGCCCCUCAGCAGGGGGUUACGUCCAAGGAGCAGGAGACGACACAGAGAACUGGGCGCAUGGGCUGACAGCGGAUCUGUUUUGGCGGAAUAAAGAUCUGUUGCUUGCGGCGCGGGGGGAGGGGGAGGUGGUGGGUGUUAUUGAGGAUAUUGUGAGGAGGGAGGAGGAAGGGCGGGGGGGUGGUGGGGAUCGGAGUGGGUGUUUGGGGGAGGAAGUGAAGGAGGCUGUGAAGGGGAAUGGGAGGUUGUUUGUGGGGGUGUUGGGGGCGGAUGUUGGGGGUGGUGAGGAGGAGAAGAUGGCGUGUGUAGUGAAGUUGAUACCUAAGGUCACGCCCAAAGAGGGAUGGAGAAAAGGGAAGCGGUGUUUGGAGGUUGGCAUUGGGAAAGGAAGGGCCGCGGGCCGGAUACUGCGGGAUGCGCUGCCGGAGAUCUGCGAGUUUGUGCUGGCAUACCUUCGGCAGACACCCGACCAGGCCGAGGUCACUCCCUCUUCCGUUGAUUCCGUCGACAACGACAAGAAAAAGGUGGCGGUGCUGUGCGAGUCGGGCAAGGAUCUGUCGGUGGGUGUGGUCCUGGCCGUGUACUGCUGGUGUUUUGACGACGAUGGGAAGAUCCGGCCGGAUGAUGGCAAGGAGGUGUCGUUUAACAAGGCGGCUAUCCGGGUCCGGUUGAGUCGGAUUGUCACUACGCGGCCCGAGGCGAAUCCUAGCCGGGCGACAUUGCAGAGCGUCAACAGUUUCCUCAUGGACUGGAGGAAAUAG